CAUCCGACUGGACUCACUCCCAUCCGUGCUCUUGUGAGUCGAGUCGUGACGCCACGCCGUCAGUCCUAAAGAGUCUUUGACAAUUAAUUUCAAUUGAUGAAGUGAAAUUUCUUGAAUUACCGGAGAAAUGUCGAUGACGUGGGGCGUUAUCGCGAGAUAAUCGACGGUUCUCGGGCCGGAUAAACCGUGAUAAUGGUGUGAGGGGAGUGUGUGGUCCAUUGUUUUGACGCGAGACAACGCAGAAAUGGCGGAUGUUGUAUUUAUAACGCACUUUCUGCUGUUGUUGACAUUGAAAUUUUGUGCAGCUGAACGACAACGAACACCUCUCCUAGAAGACCCCAACGGUCUGGACAGCGAGGAGCCUCGAGAGUCCCUAGACACAAAGCUGACAAACAACAUAGGACGCAGGACCUACUCGUGCUACCUGUGCGAAGGAGAUGAGUGCCGGAGCCCCGGGGGACCCUGUCACAGUGCCAUUGCGUGCUGGAAGUCCAGGGUUAGGGAGUCCGAUGGAACAGAGAGAGUGAAACGUGGCUGCACGACAGACCCAGAUCAAGUUCCAUUGAUAUGCAAUAAAUUGGCGCCUGGCAGUCGCCAUGGGGCUCUUUAUCACGUCGAGUGCUGCUACAGUGAUUACUGUAACGAUGGACCAUUUCCAGUUCUCGAACGUCUCGAUCCUGACAAGGAAGAUUACGCUGCCAAACUCACCCUCGCCAUCCUCGGACCCAUAGUGGGUCUGGGAGCAGUGGCUGGAGGUGUAUUAUUCUGCCUCCUAGCCAGGAGAACCCGGAGAAAACGUCCAUUACCGAAACGCAAUAAACUACUAGUUGACUCUGAAAUGGAGCCCUCGAUGCUGCAUUUCCCCUCAGCCUCUCAAAAUUCAUCGUCAAAUUAUCAUCCAAAUGAGCUGAGGGCCACUGCUGCUGGUGAUAGCACCCUCAGAGAAUACCUCGAUGGCAGGAGUUUGACGAGUGGUUCAGGUUCAGGUCUGCCCCUCCUGGUGCAACGAACCCUAGCUAAACAAGUGGCCUUAGUGGAGUGCCUGGGUUCUGGUGGAGGUGGAGGAUUCGGUGGAGAGGUAUGGCGAGGAGUCUGGCACGGGGAGUCAGUGGCAGUGAAGAUUUAUUUCUCUCGUGACGAGGCAGCCUGGGCACGUGAGACCGAGGUCUACUCUCAACUGUUGCCCUCGAGGCAUGACAACAUCCUGGGGUACGUGGGUAGUGACAUGACGAGUCGUGCCAGCUGCACCCAGCUCUGGCUGGUGACGCACUACCACCCCCUGGGCUCCCUUUACGAUCAUCUGAAUCGAUCCCCCCAGCCCCUGACCCCUCACCAGACCCUCAACAUCUGCCUGGGCAUCGCCAAUGGGCUUCUGUACCUUCACACUGAGAUCCACGGAACCAAGGGGAAGCCUGCGAUGGCCCACAGGAAUCUCAAAUCCAAGACUAUUCUUGUCAAGACGAAUGGCAGCUGCGUCAUCUCCAAUUUCGCACUUGCUGUCACUCAGGAACGAUUGAUCAAUGAUCGAGUGGAUUUGAGGCAGGGGACGAGGCGGUACAUGUGUCCGGAGAUAUUAGAAAAUACAUUGAACCCAGAAUGUCUCGAGGGCUUCAGAUGCGUGGACAUCUACUGCCUGGGGCUGAUAAUGUGGGAAGUCUGCAGGCGUUGCGUGAGCAACGGCGUAGCCCUGGACUACGCAGCGCCGUACUCCGAAUGGCUGUCGAGCACCACCCAAGAGCCAUCAAUCGAGGAAAUGCGUAAGCUGGUGUCCCUGGACCAGCGGAGGCCGCCCCUCCCAAACCGCUGGCACUCAGACCCCACCCUAACAGGCAUGGGAAAACUGAUGCGCGAGUGCUGGCAUGGCAAGCCAGCAGCAAGACUGCCAAUUCUGCGUGUCAAAAAGACACUGAUAAAGUUGGCAGCCAACGACACACGAGUGCACUUACCCCUCGACUGACCAGAGAUUAUUAACGAUAUGAAGAAUUGAAAAUAUUCACGAGUAUUUAUUGUUAAUUCAUUGAAUUCGUUACUAGGUUUAGGCUCAUUCGACCCCUAUCAUUUUAGUUUAUUCAUCGUUAAGCUAGAGACAAAUCAACUAAUUAUUGUUUUUUUUUUUGGAGAUUGAGAGAAGAGUUGGUGCAGGUGAAUAACGAACAAAUCACUCCACAUGAAUUCCAAAUAAUCAUUGACGAAUUGCCGAGGCUGACGAUGACAUUCAGCUGGAAUUAACUGCCUCACGUUUUCAUUCUGCCAAAUAUUCUCCUCUCAAUGUACUUGUUUAACUUCAGUCAUCUGAAUCCCCACCCCAUUAAUCCCCUCAUUACAAUCAUAAUCUUCGUGUACAGGUGCCAUUUAAUCCUCUCAACGAAGUAGACCACCUCUAAAUCGGAUUCACUGUAGUUCACGUUACCCAGUAGUUCCCCGGUUUCGCUAAUUCCCCAUGUAAAUUAAUUUCUCUCCUCCAGAGAUACUUUAAUUCGAGGUAGACAUGAAGAAACUUGUAAAUAUCACAUUUGUAUUGAUAAAUAAAUUGUUUACUGAGAGAUAACUAUCGACUGAACGUAAUUAAUGAGAGAUAAUGUACGAUAGAAUGAUCCUUUAAUAAAAAAUGCAGUGUAACGUUUUUUGAA